AUGAUAGUGUCCUUCCGGCAACAACCAGACAACCUGUUCAGGGGCAGCGGCGGCAGCAGCAUGCAGACGAGUCGCGUGACGUUCCGAGCUCCUGUAGUCGUUGUCCUCGCUCUCCUGUGGGUGGUCACGGCUUCCUUUGCCUGCCCGGAGAAAUGUGAUUGUAACUCUCACGGGCGAGUUAUCUGUGCCAGACGGGAGCUCAAAGACGUCCCCUACAACAUACUACCCAAUACAACUGUCCUCGACCUGGGCUACAACAGCAUACAGAAUCUGUCUGAGGCUGAUUUCUCCAACCUCACCAGCCUGGUGUUCCUCCGUCUAAAGAACAACAGCAUCGGCGUUCUCCCUGCCGGAAUUUUCUCACACCACACCCGUCUGUUGGAGGUGCUGGAUCUAGCUGGUAAUCGUAUAGCUCAUCUCCCGGAUGGAGUAUUCUCAAAUCUGACCAGUUUGAUCCAGCUCCUCCUGAACGGCAAUCGCAUCGCGAGUCUCCCCGCUGGAAUUUUCUCACAGCUCACCCGUCUGGAGCGCCUCGAGCUAUCUGAUAAUCAUAUUGCUGAUCUUCCCGAUGGAGUAUUCUCCAAUCUGCUCAGUUUGUUAGAGCUCAACCUGAUCAACAAUAGCAUCUCUAGUCUCCCCUCUGAAAUUUUCUCACAUCUUACCCGCCUGGAGUGGCUGGAACUAUCUGAUAAUCAUAUAGCGGAUCUACCAGGUGGAGUAUUUUCAAACCUGACGAGUUUGCGAUUACUUCAUCUGACCAAUAAUAGAAUCUCGAGUCUCCCUGGUGGAAUCUUCUCACAGCUCACCCGUCUGGAGUGGCUGAAUCUGUUAGGUAAUCACAUAGCAGAUCUAGAGCUCCCAGUAUUCUCAAAUCUGGCCAGUUUAGAACGGCUUAUCCUGUCCGACAAUAGCAUCUCGAGUCUCCAGCCUGGAAUUUUUUCACAUCUUACCCGUUUGUCACUCCUGGAGCUAUCUGGUAAUAACAUUACCGAUGCCCCUGAGGGAGCAUUCUCAAAUCUGACCAGUUUGAUAUGGCUUUUUCUGUCUGACAAUAACAUCUCGAGUCUUCCGGUGGGGAUUUUUUCACAGCUGCGGAACUUAGGACAGUUGUACCUAAGUGAGAACCCCUUGAGAUGUGACUGUAGUUUACAGAAUCUAAUGACUUCGCAACGUGUGCGUGAAUCACUUCGCGAUGACCCUGUCUGCAGCUCCCCUCCCCACAUGGAAGGCGACGCGUUGAUCGGCGUUGUGCUCCUGGAAAUGAAGAUUUGUAACCGCCGCGGCGACUGUACCACGGCAAGUGCGGAUGGAUCUUGUGCUUGCCACGUCGGAUGGACUGGCACAUACUGUGGAUUGACGAACAUAAUAGUGAGAGUUGGUUCGAACGAGAACUUCACUCGGAAUGACCAGUGUGGACAGACUUUCGCGGCCACCCCCGGGCAGACCAGAGAGGUGUACUGCAACCCGACGAUGUCCGGCCGCUAUGUGUCGGUACAGAGAAUGGGGCACGCUUUGGCAUUGUGCGAGGUAGAGGUCUAUGUUACAGGUCUCUGCUGUGACGAUGCCAUGGGACUGCUAAACGGCCAGAUCACUACUACCGACGGUGGCUACUGCUCUGGGAACGACAUCCAGUUCUCUUGUGACCCUGGAUACGAGCUUGUCGGCAAUUCGUCGGCCACCUGCCAAGAGGACGGGAGUUGGGACGGAGAUCUUCCGACUUGCCAACCACACACAGAACCUACGGAAGAAAUCCGCACGUCCACUGAAGCCAUCAUUGCCGGCAACAUUGCCGGUAUCGUCGCAGUGAUGAUUGUGGCAGCUGUCGUGUUCAUGGUCUUUUUAAGACGAAGGAGGAGGGUAAAAAAGGAUAAUAUAACAAUCCAGAGAAGGAGAAUGGAGGAGGCGAUCCCGCUGGUUCCAGCCCGGCCACAGUUCCCGCGGUUCGAGACGGACCCCGACCGGCUGACGCUCGGCGAGAAGAUCGGUAGCGGGGCGUUCGGCCUCGUCUAUCGGGCAACCCUGACACGGAACGGCAAGACCCAGGACGUCGUCGUAAAAACUGUCAAAGAAAGCGCUAGUGAGGACGACAAGCUUGGUUUUCUGGAGGAAAUCCGUGCAGUAGUGGACCUGGGGGUUCAUGAGAACCUACUGGGUCUGGUCGGCUGUUGCACGGUGGUGCGAGACCAUCUGUAUCUCAUCACGGAGUUCAUGCCGUAUGGAGACCUGAAGACUUUCUUGAGAAAAUGCCAGGAGCUUGAGACCUCUGACGAACCUCGUGAUGAUAUCUACACCUUCGAAGUGAUGCAGAUGUAUCAGGUGUCCCGACAGAUCGCUAAAGGCAUGGAUCACAUCGCCCAGUCUCGAUACGUCCACGGAGACCUGGCCGCUCGGAACGUGCUGGUCGGAAAACGCCUGCAUGUGAAGAUUUCUGACUUCGGGCUGGCAGAGGACAUCUACAGCCGAGGGUACCGUCGGCAGGACCGGCUCCAGAGGGUGCCCUGGAAGUGGAUGGCGCCGGAGCGGCUGGAAAGUGGAGAAGCCUACACCACACAGAGCAAUGUGUGGUCCUUCGGGAUAGUGCUGUACGAGAUAUGUACGCUAGGGGGCAAUCCUUACCCUGGCGUGGAAGUACGAUCUGAUGCUGCAAUGCUGGCGCUGGCAGCCCGCCCAGCGACCGUCCUUCGAUACGCUGUAUCUGACACUGGAUAAGAACCUCGAACUCUACGGACCCGAGUACGCGACGACAACUUAAGUACGUAGACCAGUACGUGGAACGACAACCAGUUCUAUAACAUUAUGCAACAGUACUGACUAUACGUAUCUAAGAACUGUCGUUGAAGGUUAGAAAUCUACUAAGGCCACACCAAGUAAAUUUUAUGGAUGACGUCAAAUGGAGACCCUAAAUCU